UCAGGUGCCUGGAAUACUGACAUCUGCAAGCUGACUGACUUCUUCAGAGUGGGCAUAGUAGUCUUCGAGCACGUCCUCCUUCAGGAAGAGGCUCAGGUUAGGGGUGUGGUGUUAAAUAUAGACUUAAAGGGUCUCAACGUCUAUCAUCUCGUUCACUACACGCCAUCCACGAUAAGAAUACUCAUCAGUCUUGCGCAGGACUGUGUGCCCAUAGGCCUGAAAGGAAUAUACGUCAUCAACAAUCCGCCAAUAUUCGACUUUUUCUUUACAAUUGCCAAGACCUUCAUAAAGGCAAAACUUCUUAAGCGGAUUCGCCUUUUCGGCUACGAUCUAAAGGAAUUGCAUCAGCUCAUGCCGGAUGACGUCAUUCCGGAAGAGCACGGAGGAACGAACGAUAUCUACGACUACGACGCGUUGGAGAAGGAGCUGAAGAGCUCAGAAGGCUAUUUCCAGGCGAUGGGCUCGCAUGGAUACUGCGACACGCCGACAAAAGCGGACCUUGAAUCUAACGGCGGGCUCACUAACGUGAUACUGUCGAGUGAAGAAUGGGUAUAUCUCUGAGCAUUGUGCAAUAA